AUGGAAAUGCAGGCGCAGUAUACAUACAGGCGCGCGGCCUGCACCGGCCAGUCGCCGUCAAGUCCUGCCAGUGGCCACCAGUCACUGCCACUCCCUGCCACUCACUGCCGCCAUGUGGCGCCCCCUGCACGUGCUGCUACUGCUGCCCGCGCUGCUGCUGCUCUGGAGUACCUCGGCGGAGGCGGGCCCACUGUUCGAGUCACUGAGUCUCCUUCCGAGUGCUGGCAACGUGUCGGAGCACCUGCAGCACCAGCUGGCCGCGCUGGACCUGCUCGCCGGCCUCGCCAGCCUCGCCGCCGACACCGCCGGCGCCGGCUAACAGCACUUAGUGGACAGGUGUACCUGCGGGCGGGCGCGUGA